ACCCCCUGGUAGGAGGUGAACCCUUUUCUGGUUGGUCCAAGUUUCCUCAUGACUCCCUAAUCCGGUUUGGACCACACAACCAAAACAAGACUUUGCGUUCGGAACAUGAACCUUCUACCACAAGACCCUCUGUAAAAGCUUCUCAACAGUCCUCGAUCAUGUCUCUAAGUAAGACUCUCGAGUUGGAGCACUUUGAUGAACGCGACAAGAUUCGUCGGGGACGCUCCACCCGGCCCAAAAGAGACGAUUCCACCGCGAGCGGAGGAGGAUCCGGGCCGAGUUCCAGGGGCAGCAGUCUGGUUCCGAGUCCGGCUCACAGCGCCAACUGCAGCUACUACCGCACCCGCACGCUCCAGGCGCUCACGUCCGAGAGACGCGCCAAAAAGGUGCGGUUUUAUCGCAAUGGGGACCGGUACUUCAAAGGCCUGGUGUACGCCGUCUCCAGCGAUCGGUUCCGGUCGUACGACGCGCUGCUGAUGGAGCUCACGCGCUCACUGGCAGAUAACCUGCACCUGCCGCAAGGAGUCCGGUCGAUUUACACAAUAGAUGGAGGCAAGAAGAUCACCAGCAUGGACGAGCUGGUGGAAGGCGAGUGCUACGUCUGCGCCUCCAACGAACCUUUCCGGAAGGUGGAUUACACCAAAAUCUCCGUGCCCAGUUGGAAGCCCGGCGCCAGCACGAGUUCCGGCUCGUCCGGCUCCGGCCGGACCACGACGGCGUCCACCGGGGUGUCGACGAGCGCCGUCAGCACCGCUUCCAAAGAGCGACCGGACAGUCGGGAGAGCCGAGAGAGCAAGGACUUCAUCAAACCCAAGCUGGUGACGGUGAUCCGCAGCGGCGUGAAGCCUCGCAAGGCCGUGAGGAUCCUGCUGAACAAGAAAACGGCGCACUCCUUCGAACAAGUGCUGGCGGACAUCACCGAGGCCAUCAAGCUGGACUCUGGAGCCGUGAAGAGGCUCUACACCCUGGACGGGAAACAGCUGACCUGUCUGCAGGAUUUCUUCGGAGACGACGACGUGUUCAUGGCGUGCGGUCCGGAGAAGUUCCGUUACGCACAGGACGACUUCAUCCUCACGCACAGCGGCAAGACGACUGCGUUCGUCAACGAGUGCAAGUCCAAGGUGACUCGCCCGGCCGUCCCUCAGAAAGCCACCAAAUCCCCGAGCGGCUCCGGCUUCUCCGCCUCCAGGACCCCCAAAGGCCCCACCAGGACGAAAUCCCCCGUCUCAGCCAAUGAAACCGCACAGCCCUCUGGGAAGUGUCCGAGGUCCAGCCCAUCCCCCACAAGCCCCGGCUCACGCCGCAACCUCAAGAUGUCCCCUCGGCGAGCCUCCUCCACUGAUGUGAACGGAGAAGCGGAGCAGCCGGACGACGAUGAUGAUGAUGAUGUUGAAGUGAACGGAAAUCGAUCGGUUUCUUCGUCAAUCAUCAACGAGAAAUACAAAGUGGGGAAAGUGAUCGGAGACGGGAACUUUGCUGUGGUGAAGGAGUGUGUGGAGAGGGCGACGGGACAGGAGUUCGCCCUGAAGAUCAUCGAUAAAGCUCGCUGCUGCGGGAAGGAACACCUGAUUGAGAACGAGGUGGCGGUCCUCCGGAGGGUCCGACAUCCCAGCAUCAUCCAGCUGAUCGAGGUGGACGAAACGCCCACGCAGCUCUUCCUGGUCAUGGAGCUCGUCAAGGGUGGAGACCUGUUUGACGCCAUCACCUCCUCCACUAAGUACAGUGAGCGGGACGCCAGCGCCAUGGUCUACAACCUGGCCGGAGCCAUCAAGUACCUGCACCGGAUGAACAUCGUCCACAGAGACAUCAAACCAGAGAACCUGCUGGUGUGCGAGUAUCCUGACGGCACAAAGUCCCUGAAGCUCGGUGACUUUGGCCUGGCGACUGUGGUAGAGGGCCCGCUGUUCACGGUGUGCGGGACGCCGACGUACGUCGCGCCCGAGAUCAUUGCUGAGACCGGGUACGGACUGAAGGUGGACAUUUGGGCAGCAGGAGUGAUCACCUACAUCCUGCUGUGUGGAUUCCCUCCUUUCAGAAGCGAGAACAAUGUCCAGGAGGAACUCUUCGAUCAGAUCCUCAGGGGGAAGCUGGAGUUUCCGUCUCCAGACUGGGACACCAUCAGCCUCCCAGCAAAGAUGCUGAUCAGCCAGAUGCUGCAGGUUAACGUUGACGCUCGUUUCACGGCUGAAGAGGUCCUUUCCCACCCGUGGGUGACGGACGAGGCUCCGCCUGAACCCAACACUGUGACCUGCACUGAAGACCAGACCAGUGCAGAGAAACCGGACGCAGAACCCGAGUCUCCAGUCCUGGAAACUAAACAAGUUCCCUCCCCUCUAGUCUAAAGAUCUCCUAUUAGGUUCUGUGUUCAACUGGUCACAACUGGAAAUCUGUCAAACCUCGACUGGACCAGAAACCCAAGAGAUAAGUUUAUGGGAGCCAUCAAGUUAAACUUCCUUCAGUCUGUAAAACCAUUUUCUGAACCCAGAGCUGCUGGAGCCUAUCCCAUCUACUGUAGGGGGAAGACAGAGUUCACCCUGGACAGUCUGAAAGAAACCAAAACAGUCUAGUCAGUUCUCUGAAUUGAAAAAACCAAAACCCAACUUUGAGAAAUCUAGCAAACGGUCCUUAGCUAGGACCCAAACAGAACAAAAAUAUACAUUUUUAUUCCUUCUUUUAAACUCAAACAAAUCUAUUCGAUUACACAUUCAAGAGUAUUUCUCUGAGGUUCAAUGUUUCAGCUCCAGCUUAAGCUCUGGAGUUCUGUUCAAUCUAAACUUCAGUAUUUAAACACUAAUAUUAUGGAUUUUGGCAAAUUCUUGGAUGACUUGCACUUAAGACUCAAUGAUGUGGCUCUUAUUGGAUAACGGAUAUUCAAUUGUAUUUCAAGACUAUACGAAAAUAUUUAUAUUUCCUCUGGUAAUUCACUUUUUACCAAAACUGGAACCUAAACAAGACUCCUUUUAACAAUGUCCAGUCAAGACUAUCCUGUGAACUGGACUCAUAGUUUUUGGUUUCCUCAGUACAGUUUGUUAGUAAACUCCCUGAAAAAGUGUUUCUGGACAGUAUUUACUCAAAUACAGUCCAGAACAUCCAAACUGGCUCUUCACUUGUGAGCUAACAUAUCUUCUGGCUCACAUGUUGAAAACUGAACACCAUUUUUAGUCAGAAUCCAACACAGGACUUUAUUGAUCUCCAUAUCCUUGGAGUGAUUCUCUUUUAACUAAGAUCUCAGUAUUUUCUGUCAUUUCCUGUAAAGACUCGUCUCUGCUGAGCCCUGAAACAUAUCAUUUCAACAAAGGGACAAUGAGUAAAUGUUCCGUUUUCUCUCAGAACACUAAGACCAUUCCCUAAUAAUGGUUUUGUAGGACCUGACAGGAAGCUUGUGCAAUCGGCCUCAAACCUUUUUGAACCAGAGUUCCUCUGGGGGUUCAGGAUGUCUUCCAGUUCUAAUGAGUAUUGCUUGGUCACCUUCCACCGGGACGACCAAGAACUGUUCCUGCUUACGGGUCAGAGCCUUUCGCCGUCUGGACGCCUGAAAAGGACCGUCCUAACUGUAGAUCCUGCCUACAUAAAAAAAAGAGCCAACAAGGUUUGAGACAGGAAAUGAAGAUUCAAAGAAAAAAGCUUUUCCGACUGGUUACCAUGGCGACUGUCCAGCCUCACGCUGAACAUCCUGUCCGACCUUGAAGCUGCCACUUUCCCUCAGUUUACACAGAGUGACGUGUUGUAAAUAGUAUAAAUACAUGUGUGUGCGUCUGUGCCAGUCCAUUGUGAAUUAGGAAAACAAUAGAAACUUGGAAAAAAAGGGUAGUUUUACAACGAAAAAAAAAAGAAAUCUAACAAUAGAACCCUGAAAUGGAAACUUAAUAUUGAAACUUUACUUUGCUAAUCUUGAUAUUGAUGAACCGGAUGAAAGACUUCGUACCUGAACGUCCUGAUAAAUCUGGUUGUUCAUGCAUAAAGAAUAACUCUGGAUGAGGUGAAUUUCUAUCCUUAGAUGAUAAUUCUGUCGUCUCCAUCUGCCAUUUCUUCAUUCGUUGAGUUUCUGAGGGUAAAAAUGAUAGAAGAGACAUUUUUUAACUUGUGAAAAUGUUUGACUUGCAUCAACAGGAGAGAGUGGAACUCCUUUAAAACUUGAAGAGACGAGUCGUUACUGAAACAAACCUGAUGCAGUCACACACUCUCCAUGGCCUUGACCUUCGGCCGGAGCUGAUGAGGAAGAGUUCGGCUGUUUUCCGAUCGGAAGGGUUCGGAGUCUGUAGAAACUCUGAUAACAAACGCUAGCGAUAGGCCGGGUUCAAAGAUCGCAUUUUUGGUUCCGGGUUUCAGAGCAAAUGUGUGACCAAAUCAAGAUCUCCAAGUCAUGCGUGGUCAUAUAAGUGUAAAUUUAAUGAUGGUGAAAUCACGACCUGGUCCUCAGCAGUUUCUGAACCGACUAUGAAAGUUCUGCUCGCUCAGCAGUUUCACAUCUUUGUGUCUUCACAGGGAAGACCACAGAAGGGCUAAACAAGCAUGUUGUGUGGUUUUCUUUUAGCGUGAAGCCGUAAAAGUUAAACAACAACAGGAGUGUCUUUUCAGUCACCCAACCUUAGAACUGUGACACUGAUGAAGGCCGAGAAUGCACUUUAAUAUUCAGGAGUUUCGGAGAACAAUCCCCCAUAUUUCCAGACUGUAGAUCUGAAUGGAAACACCAGUGUGCAAUUUUCAUUGAUAGAUUCAGAAUCCAAUCCCAAUGCUUAAAGACUGAAUCAGGAAAAGGUCACCUUUUUUAUGAUUUGUAGAAUUGUGAAAUGUUUUUGUCCACUUUGAUUCAAACAAGUUAGCCAUAGAUGAACUCUAAAACUGACAUUUGGAUAAUUGUUGCGAUUUUUCUGGUGGUUUUAGUUUCAAAGACUUGAGUUUAGAAUUCCAGCUGCGUUCCCACUGGACGCGAUUCGCACAGCAUGAUCGCCCGGUUUUAAUGCUAAGUUAAUAUUCAGAUGGGCUCAGACGUCCUGCGAUAGCGUGUUUUCAGUUUUAGCCUCAUAAUGAGAUGUUUUCAGAGUUCAAAUAUCAGAAAUCUGGCAAAGAAUUUGCAACCUAUCAGGCAUUCAGCUCCUGUAACGUGAUGAUGAUGCAAUCAGUGGGUGGAGUCAAAAACCAACAUGGAGGAUGUUCUGAUCGUCACAGUAUGUCAACAGGAAAAAAGUCUUCUAAUUUGGUUUUUAUUUUAAUUUCGUCCUUCCUCGAACUAAUAAUCAGCUCAGUGUCUACCUCGAGACUGGAAGGUUGCGAGUUCAAAUCCAGUUCAAGUCGUACCAAAGACUCUAAAAUUGGGACUCAAUACCUCCCUGCUUGACACUCAGCAUGAAGGGGUUGGAUUGGGGGGUUAAACCACCAAAUGGUUCCUGAGUGCGCCUGUGUCUGCGGCCCUCUGCUUCCCCAAAUUUCACAAACUAAGUUGUGUGACAAGUAAUGCGAGUUUAACUUCAAUGCGGGACAGCAAGUCGUCAAACUGGGUCGCAGAGAGGCAGAAGUACCGCUGAAAGCGUCCAUCAUUCAGAUGGUGAAGCUCACCGUACAGGGAGAGUCUCUGAAUGAUUGAGAACUGAAGAACUCAUAAAAAUAAAUAAACCUGAUCUACUAGUAUCUUCCACGUUGUGGCGAUGAGACUAAAAACGUUUGACCGUAGUGAACCUACCUUUAGAUAACCAUCCAGUAGCGAAUUUCGUCAAAACAGACGCAUGUAAGUCACGAUUGGUGUGAAUGUAGCAUCACAAAUGUACACAAAGCACCUCAGGAACAAUCGUCUCUACAGUCUGAACCUCCUUUUACUGUUAAAGACUCCAUUAUAAUACUUCCUGCCCCUCCAAGUCGCACUCCACCAUCUGCAGCUCCUGAACCAGAACUUCGGUAUGGACCCAACUCUUCCUCAGCAGCUCGGCCUCUGACCUUCUAUGCCUGCUAUGAACCCAGUGGUCUUAAGUGUUUCUCUUUGCUUCGUACCAAACCGAGUGAAGCCUUCUGUUUUUACUUCGUUCUGCCAGCCGAGUCCACAAGUCUGAGGUCUGUUCAGGUCACAGAAUGUAGAGUCUGUCGGUUGGUCGUCUUUGUGGAGUAGAAUUUUCCCCUUCAGUCCAUCGAGCUUCACUUGUCAUUUUAGGAGGAGAAGUCAAACGCGCUGCAGUAGCCUUCAAAGAAAAACUGCUGUGAGUUUAACAAAGCACUGUGCAAAUUAUUUAGUAACAAAUAUGAAGGACGGAGACGAGUCGGUGAAAGAGUCGAGGUUUUGUAGCAGCAUGAACGAACCUGACAGGGUGAAUGGAGAGCUGGAGAUCUGUCCUAAUCAAACGGAUUCCUUUGUGUUUUGCACUUGCCACAAAUUUGUCACUUUAUUUGUUUGUUUUGCUGCAUUUCUCACUAAAAUGUGAACCUAACUGAGCGUGUUUCUCCAUAAAUUGGGGAGUUUAUUGUUUUGUUGCCAUGUUGGGACUGAAUGGACUGUGCUGUGCACAGUUCAAAGUCUGUAGUUUUGUUGAGCGUGUGAGAACAUUUUACUUCAGACCUCACGGUUGACAACAUUUCUUCAAAGUUUGUCUUUGAGUUUUUAGAAACAUUCCCAUAAAUCAAUCAUGAUGCUGAAAAUAAAAUCAUUAAAUGUCGUUUACUUGAAGACAUUCUGGCCCCGCCUUGAACUGGAAAACCGGAAAUCACCAGUUCUUUUACUUUGAAGGACCUGUUAUGGAUGUGUUUUAGUGAAAACAAUAAUGUUAAUGUUAACGAGGAAAAGACGACGUCUGGUUUGUUUGUUUUUCUGAGUACGGAUGAAAAUAAAACCAACGCGAUGACCACCA